AUGACGGUUGCUUACGACUCUUCGUUCCGGGGUUGGUCCUCGGGCUCGCACGGCGCUGUCUGCCUCGAGGACAAGUUCGAGGUCCUGAAGGAUGUCGGUGACGGAAGCUUUGGCAGCGUCUCGCUGGCACGCGUGCGGAGCGCCGGCGCUCACAUCGCACGGAGAGGAACCUUGGUUGCCAUCAAGACGAUGAAGAAGACGUUUGACAACUUCAACCAAUGUCUGGAGCUAAGAGAAGUCAUCUUCCUGCGAUCGUUACCCAACCACCCGCACCUGGUGCCCUCGCUCGACAUCUUCCUGGAUCCCAUGAGCAAGAAGCUGCACAUCGCCAUGGAGUACAUGGACGGCAACCUCUACCAGCUCAUGAAGGCGCGCGACCACAAGCGCCUGGACUGCUCCACCGUCAAGAGCAUCCUCUUCCAGAUCAUCUCCGGUCUCGAGCACAUCCACGAGAACAACUUCUUCCACCGCGACAUCAAGCCCGAGAACAUCCUCGUUUCGACGUCUGCCCCCGACACAGGCAACGCCUUCAAGAGAUAUUCCUCCCUCGUCACUCCUCCCUCCACUCCUCCCUCGUACACCAUCAAGAUCGCCGACUUCGGUCUCGCAAGAGAAACCCACUCCAAGCUCCCCUACACCACCUACGUCUCGACCCGUUGGUACAGAGCACCCGAGGUCCUCCUUCGUGCCGGCGAGUACUCGGCGCCCGUCGACAUCUGGGCCGUCGGUGCCAUGGCUGUGGAGAUCGCAACCCUCAAGCCCCUCUUCCCCGGCGGCAACGAGGUCGAUCAGGUCUGGAGGGUGUGCGAGAUUAUGGGCAGCCCUGGCAGCUGGGUCAACAAGCACGGCGCCAAGGUCGGUGGCGGUGAGUGGAAGGAUGGCAUCAGACUGGCACAGAAGCUUGGCUUCUCGUUUCCCAAGAUGGCACCCCACGCCAUGGAUACCAUCCUGCAGUCGCCCGAGUGGCCUGCAAGCCUGGCACAGUUUGUCACUUGGUGUUUGAUGUGGGAUCCCAAGUCCCGCCCGACUUCUACUCAGGCUCUGUGCCACGAGUUUUUCCAGGACGCCGUCGACCCGCUCCGCCCCAAAUCGUCCGCGUCGCGUUUCCUCAACCGCAAGCACUCCGACAUGAGCAACACGUCCGGCAAGGACUCGACCGAUACGCCCAGCCUCACCUCGAAGACGUCGUCUUGGUUCCGCAAGUCUUUGGUCGCCCGGGAUAGCUCCCCCGCCGUUCCGCAGCACAUCAGCGCGCCGAAACCCCUUUCGCCCCAACCGUCACCCCAAGCCUCGAACACGUCCGCCGGCACCCUCACGACCAAGCAGAGACGAGACGCAGCAAAGAGGGCCACGUGGACGAACGGUGUGUCAGGGAAUGGUGCGCCAAUGCAAAUACUACCUUCAAUACGACCCAUCUCACCUCUUCCCGAUGCAGUCACCGCCCAGGCCAACCAGACGCCCAAUGCGAACGAGAAAGCCACGAAGAAGAUCGGCCGCCAGUUGUCGCUCGCGUCGCACGGUAACCACUACGCAGAUAUCCACCGCGCCGAAGCGGAACGUGCCCUGAACGGAGGCUCCGGCCUCGCAUCCCCGUCGAAUCCAUUCAAGGAGGGCUUCUUCUCACAUCUUCGCAAGCGUGCAAGGCGACUUUCCGGUCGGUACCAAGCUCCACCUUCUCCCUCGUCAGGCGACAUCGAAGCAAGCGCAGGAUGUCUAGCUUGGGGCAGCAGCAGCAACCGGCACUCAAUGAACAUUGAUCCCCCACCUGCACCCACUAGCAACCCAAUGCAACAGUCAGACUUUGCUGAGAUGGACAAGGCCUUGCAGCACGUGCGUUAUAGUUUGGAAGGACUCUCCCCGGCCGGUAGCGUGAAGGCGUCCCCCUCGCCGCGUGUAGCAAGCAACCCGAUGCUGAAGCGCCACCACUCCCUGCCCCACGGAAGCGACAGCAACGGCCGAGGCCCUGUUUCGAGUCGGACUCGCCGCGCUGUCCAGCAGCAACCCUCGGCCGGCCACCGUUACGAGACGCCCAACGAAGAGGAAGAGCUCCUCGACGAGGCGCUGCUUUCCGCACACAAGGCUUCGAAGCGAAUGGCGAGCGGCCCCACAAGUAAUCCUGCAUAUCUGACACCUUCUCCAUCCGCAAAUCGCAACGUCAGCUUUGGCAAUGGCAGUUAUUCGACCCCCACCAAGCCCGUCGAGAUCGCAAAGCGCCAGCAGCCGCACGCGGCCGAUCCCAAGUGGCCGACGCCGCCGUACGAGGAGAACGAGUGGGCGGCGGCUGCAGCAGCGAGCAUCUUCGCGGCGCAGAACGCCUACCGGUGA